AUGGAUUUUCCUGCUACACCAUCUAAUGCAUCUGAUAGUAAUGAUUACGCAGGUGCCACACCUUUGCAAUUUGAUGCAGCGCAAGAUAAUACAAAAAGGCGAAGUUCUUCAAGGUCUAUAAAGAGAAGACGCUUUGAUGAUGAAUUAGUAGAGUAUAGCUUAGGCUUACCAGGAGCAUCGUUAGGCAAAAAUGAAAAGAGAAUGCGAAGUCAGUCUUACACAAGCCAUUUGUCAGAAUUUCCAACCGUGGCUGCUGCGCCCGUUACACCAGUAGUACCACAGCCUGAACGACGUAGAGCUUCUAGUAAGAUAUCAGGAGGUGGAAGUGGUGGACGUAAACCUAGGCGCAAAGGACAACUGAGUCAGUUAUCAACUAAAGACUUGGGAAGAUGGAAGCCAACUGAUGACCUCGCCCUAAUUUUGGGAGUUCAACAGACAAAUGACUUGCGUAUAGUUCACAGAGGGGUGAAGUUUUCUUGCCGCUUUACAGUAGCCGAAAUUCAAUCUAGGUGGUAUGCCCUGCUAUACAAUGCAGAGGUGUCAAGAGUUGCUAUGGCUGCAAUGCGAAACUUACACCCAGAUUUAGUGGCUGCAGUGCAAGAGCAAGCAUUGUUUUCAAAUGCUGAGGAAGAAUUACUGGGGACUUUGCCUAGUAAUUCUCACCCAGCACCAGAGAAGUUUCAAGAGUUGUUGGAACAGAAUCCUCACGUGUUUUACCAAACACGCACCGCAAAAUCAUUAAGUACUCACUGGCAACUGCUAAAACAGUAUCAACUAUUACCAGAUCAAACUGUUCAACCACUGCCUAAAGGUAAAGGUGAUAAUGUCAUGACAUUCUCUGAUGCUGAAGAAACUAUGAAUGAUUCAGAAUUACCUGACUACAAAGAAGAUGGCAUUGAAAGGGAAAUGCAGCUGGCUGACAGAGUGGACAAGAAGGACAUCCGGCUGCUGGAGAGCUCCCUGGCGCGCUAUCAGGUGCUGGUGCAGUCGGUGGUGGGCGGCGGCGUGGAGCUGGACCGCAACACGCUGGCCGUGCUGCGCGGCCGCCACGUGCGCUACCUCAUGCGCUCCAGGGAGAUCGCGGUGGGACGUAGUACUAGAGACCACACUAUCGACGUAGAUUUGAGUUUAGAGGGUCCUGCAGCAAAAGUGUCAAAGAAGCACGCGACAAUCCGUCUUAGAAAUAGCGGAGAUUUCUUCAUGUCUUCGGAGGGCAAGCGGCCCAUAUUCGUGGAUGGCCGCCCGAUACUACAAGGGAAUAAAGUUAAACUCAACCAUAACACUGUUAUUGAGAUUGCGGGACUACGCUUCGUGUUCUUAAUAAAUCAAGAUUUAAUCAGCGCCAUCAGACAAGAAUCAGUUAAAGUGAACAUACCUGUA